AUAAAUAGCGCAGCGCUCGCGUUGACGCCGCAGACAGCGAGAGAACUCUCAAGAUGACUUUCCUCAUGAUGCUGCUCGCUUGUUCCUUUCUCAUCGCGGACGCGUUUCAACUAGAUCCGUAUAUGUCUUCCUUCGACAAGUUCGAUCUGAAGACAAAUGUGGAGAAGAGGCGCGACGAUAACUACUGCGAGCGCAUUUGCAAGUGCCCCGUAGGGCCGCCGCUUGAGGACAUUGACAAAGAAGACGAUGGCGUUAGCGGAGUAUCGAAGCGCCGAGGAAAGAACGUGAACCUUGCGUAUGAGAAGAGCAAUGACGACACCGCUCCAUCGAGAGCAGGGAGUCCUUACGGUCCGUGGCAAAGAGAGGACUUCGACUAUCCUUCAACUGCGGUGCGAAAUUUGUUCAACUGAGCUGAGCACCAGCGACACACAGUAGUAGUGUGCAGUCGACACACGGCACGACGACAACGAACAAGUCUAUGCUUAUUAUCCCUU